AUGGCUAGCAUAGAAUUAGAUAUAUGGCGGGGUGAGUGGGGACUUGCAUCUAUAGAUUUAGAGUGUCUUAAAGUGUUGACUUAUAUGAAAUUCAUUGGAGUUCCUGUAAAAGUUCAUGAAGCAAACAAUCCGUAUUUUGCACCAAAAGGUCAGUUACCUGUCAUGAGAGAUGGCCGUAAAGUACUCACAAGCUUUGAGGAGGUUGUGGACCAUUUGAAAUCAUUACAUUACAGCACAGAUGUUCACCUAAACACACAACAAGCAGCGGAAGCUAGUGCUUUUACGCAGUAUCUAAGAGAAAAGCUAUACCCAGCAUAUCAGUAUGCAUGGUGGGUUGAUGAAAAAAAUUAUACUGAAAUUACAAGGCCAGCAUAUGCCAAAGCUUUACGAAUACCGUUUAACUUCUACUACCCAGGAAGGUAUCAGAACUCUGCUAAGGAGAUGGUUGAUGCAUUAUAUGGAGAACACACUGACUUAAGGGAAAUUGAAAAAACAAUAUACCAAGAAGCAGAAAAAUGUCUUAAAACUCUGUCGGAUCGAUUGGGAGAAAGUGAGUACUUCUUCGGCAAUAGACCAUCAUCGUUUGAUGCAAUAGUGUUUGCUUAUUUGGCCCCUUUGGUGAAGGCCCCAUUUCCUAACGCAACACUUUCAAACCAUGUUAAGGGUAUUGCAAAUCUAAGCAGAUUUGUAGCAAGGAUUAAUCAGAAGAACUUUAGACAUGUCACUGAUGAAUACAAUCGACAAAAUUCAAAGAAACAUUCAACUGGAACACAGUCUGAUAGGGAAGCCGCUAACUUUCCAAACCAAACACGUAAUAAAAUAUUGGCAGCGUUGUUUGCUGCCAUCGCCAUGACUGGUUACGCAAUGGCUAAUGGAAUGUUCCAAGACUUGAAAGAUUUCGAACAUUCUCGAGAUUACAACGAGUUGUUUGACAAUGAGGAAGAUGACAACUGA